AAAUAUUUGGCUAUACACAAUUUAUUGUUGAAAAUUACAGUGCAUUGCAGUAAAUCUCAACUAAAGAUCCACACUACUUAUUUAUGAUGUUAUGAUAGUGCUAGCAAGAUUGCACUACGACUAGAUAAGACCAUUCUGCAACUGGAAAGCUUAUAGUUGGUACUUCCAAAGUUGAUACAACCAACGUACUAAGACAGUCAAAAUGAGAAGCAGUAGUCGAACCACUAACAUAGUUACGGCCGUGUUGCUAUCCUUCAUUGUGUGCAUCAACUCUCAACAAAUAGUUGAUCUCGUAGAAAACACCGUUAUCGUUGGCGAUCUCAUCAUUGAUUUGAACUUAUCCGAAAAUGUGUUUGCAGCCCUCAAUGGAAAUGAAGCGGCAGUAUUAGAGGAGUAUUUUGAGUUCCGUACCGGUAGAAUAUCGGCUAAGAAGAACAUUGAUCGUGAAGAUAUUGCUAGACGUAUCAGAACUGGAGUAGGAAACACAUUUCAACCAGUGACACUCACCAUCACGUAUGUGUCUGGUGCAAGUGCUGUUGGUCUCAAUCUCAACAUUCUUGACCAAAACGACAAUCCUCCAGUAUUUCCAACUGACUCUGUAGUAGUGGAGAUUGCGGAAGCCAAUGCAGAGGCCGAUGUCACGCUCACCCAGGGGAUUGACCCAGAUGAGGGAUCUAAUAGUAUACGAAACUACAGCCUGAUUGAUGAUUUAGAUGGCUUGUUCACUGUGUCUGUUCGGAUCAAUGAAGUAACACAAGCCAUUAGUGAAGUAAGACUAGGAGUUACACGCCCAUUGGAUAGAGAAACUGUUUCGCAAUACUCACUUCAGUUGCAAGCCAUUGAAGGCUCUGAGAACCCACGAACAGCUGUACGGACACUCAACGUUACCGUUAGUGACGUGUGUGACAAGUCCCCUACUUUCCCCACUACUAGAUACUUCCCACCCAGCCUCCCUGAGGACAGUCCAGUGAACACAGUCAUCUUCAACAACAUCACUGCCUUUGACGAAGAUCUACUUGAUCGUACCCUGGCCUACACAAUAUACGAGGUUUGCCGCAGACGAGAAGAGCUGAACCCUUGUGAGAUAUUACCAGAGCAUCCCUUUGUGCUCGACUCUGAAGAAGGGACACUCAUUCUCAGUGAUGAACUGGACAGAGAGGAGUAUGCAGUGUACGAAGUGAGUGUACACGCUACUGAUAGAUGUAAUAUGAUGAACAGUGCGACUGUCGUGGUGACGGUUGAAGAUGUGAAUGAUAAUGCGCCGAUAAUCGUGUUUUUUGGGGAUAGAACAAUCCUAGAGUCAAGUGUCAGCAAUACAGUCGGAUUUUUCACUAUUGACGACCGUGAUAGUGGAGCCAAUGGUAACACGUCACACCAGCUGUACGAGCAGAUCAACGGAGUAUUGGUACCUUCAGCCACGUUUCAGUUGGUGGCUGGCGACAAUCACUUAGAGCUAAAUCUCAUCCGGAGAGUAGACAGAGAAGUACGCAGUGAAUACCACAUUGUUUUGCUCGCAAAUGAUUUCGGUGAUCCACAACUCACGUCAAGAAGCGAGGUACUACUCACAGUGGAGGACUUGAACGAUAAUUCUCCGAUAAUCAACCGAAACAACUUACAGAAUGUGUAUGAGAUUGACGAGGAGCCUAACAUAAACACAGAGAUUGUUAGUAUUCAAGCCACUGAUGCGGACGAUGUUGCUACUGGCAACGGUAGAGUCACAUACCACCUGCCCACCUCCUCCCAAGCCUACCCUCAUCAGCACUUGUUUGAAAUUGAAACCGAAACUGGAAAUCUGAUUGUAGCUGGGAGAUUGGAUCGUGAAAUGCAACAAGAUAUAUCUGUACUGGUUGUAGCAUCUGAUAAUCCCACAAACAGCCGAGACACUGCACGCACUGACAUGGUUACUAUCAAUAUCACCCUCAGAGAUGUGAAUGAUAACACGCCAGUCAUUCAUUUUCCACAAGGAGUAUUCGAAGUCAGUGAAAAUUUCUCAAUCAAUACCAAAUUAUUUACAGUUGACGCUACUGAUAUUGACACACUCAGGUACGCCACUCUCGUGUAUGGCUUCAUGGUAACCCCCGACGAUAAUCGAUUUCAAUUCUUCGAAGAUUCUUUUAGUGUGUUUUUGGGUGCUGUUCCACUUGAUUACGAAACCACACCCAUGUACACCGUUGUGAUCAGCGUAAGUGAUGGAGAGUUGACAACUCAAGAGAUGCUCAAUAUUUCAGUUACAAACACCAACGACGAGAACCCUAUAUUUGAUCUAAUGUCCCAAAACGUUGUGGUAAACAUCAGAGAAGGAAAUCAAAUGGUCGGAUAUCAUGUGACCACAAUCAACGUCACAGAUCCAGACGGUAUGAACAACAAUAUAAGAUUAUCGAUAGCUUCCGGAAAUGAGAGAGGACACUUUGCAAUUGACGAGAUUUCGGGAGAAAUUAGAACGACCAGAUCACUUGACAAAGAAGAAGUUGCCAACUACACACUAGCUGUGCGUGCAUUCGAUGGUGUACUGUUCACCAACCAAGACGCGUUCGUUUCCAUCAAUGUUCUGGACAUCAACGAUAAUGAACCAGUUUUUAUCGGUGCUCCCUAUCAUUUCCAAGUCAACGAAGAGAACUCGAUGGGCACUAUUGUCAGGGGAAGUUUCCAGCAGGAAAUAAAAGCAAACGAUUUGGACACGGGGGAAAAUGGUCGAAUAACGUUCGAUAUUACCGGAGCAGAGCCAACUGUAGCUGGAGACUGGUUUUUGAUAGAUGAAAUGUCUGGCAGAAUCACGACUAAAACGGUAAUAGACAGAGAGAGCGAUGAUUUGGGAGAAAGCGGAACUGUUCAAUUGAUUGUACGCGCCAGUAAUCCCAGCAUCGAAGGUGCUAGUGUGCUGAGCAGUCUUGCUGACGUGACAAUUACAAUUAGAGAUAUUUCUGACCAGAGUCCCGUAUUUGCUGAAGACUCCAUCACCAUCUCCUUGCCAGAAAAUCUUGCGACAGGAACACGUUUCUUAACUGUACAUGCGGUUGAUCUCGAUCUCGAUCCUUACAAUCAGACACGAUAUUCAAUUAUUGCUUUAAACCCCAGUCUGAGGAUUACUGAACGCUUUGACAUUGAUGAAACCACGGGUGCUAUCACACUGACUGGCACGCUGGAUCAUGAGACAAAUCAAGAAGAGAGGUUCAUAGUGAGAGCUACAGACGGGUUUGUAUCGAUUAAUUUCGAUGAGCAAACAAUCAUAAUUAAUGUGACUGAUGCACAAGAUCCGUGUCUAAGACUGAAAGAUUUCAAUCCAGCCAUCAAUUUGCCCGAGCAUUCUCCACUCAACACUCUUAUUCUGGCGUUUGAGGCCACAAAUCUUGAAGGAAAUACGGUUUCAACUGUUGUCUAUAAUCUCAAAAAUGCUGACGGUACACAAUCGACAAAAUUUGCCAUCAGUGAAGAUUUCAAUCACGUAGCUAAUAUCCACACAACGACAAUGAACAUUGAUAGAGAAGCUCUGAUUGGUCAAGGCAAUACGCCAGCAGUGUACACACUCAAUAUCACAGCUCAUGAUACAGUGUCCUCUUUAGAAUGCUUGACAAUCAGUAGCCUCCUCACGGUCACAAUCACUGAUAUAAACGAUAACGCACCAACUUUCACGCCAGAUACGUAUAAUUUUAGUAUCACUGAAAACAGUCCACAAAACACUCUAGCAGGGCGUGUGGUUGCCAGGGACAUUGACGAAGGUGCUAACAGUGACAUCACAUUCUCUAUUGUGGAUGCAAACAUUCCUUUCAUGGUAACUGGAAAUGGAGAGAUAAGAUCUACAACUAAUCAAUUGAACCGUGACCCCCCAGAGGGUACAGCUGUGUACACGUUCACUGUACGAGCACAAGACAAUGGAAACGUUCCAAAAUCAUCAUCUGCAAGUGUGAGUAUUUAUCUGGCAGACGAAAAUGACAAUACUCCAGUUUUCAAUCGAAACCAGAACAGAACUUUUUAUAUCCCAGAAGAUUACUCAGUCAAUACAAAAAUAGCCACCAUAUCCGUGAGCGAUAGUGAUGCUGGUGUGUUUGGGAGUGUGAGCAUCGAAGUCAACCAAGGUAGUAGCAUCGACCAACAUUUCCAACUAUUCUCAAAUGGUGAUAUAUUUUUGAGGCUGCCACUUGAUAGAGAAACUAGAAGUCAAUAUUCAUUCGAUGUUCGAGCGCGUGACGGUGGUGGACGGUCGGACACAGCUGUCAUUAAUAUCGUAGUGACAGAUGUGAAUGACAAUAGACCUGUAUUUGGACUCGAUCCCGUUCGGAAAACCAUACGAGAAGAUGCAACAAUAGGUGAUGGUAAUAUCAUAUUCACUGUAACAGCCACGGAUGCCGAUGAGGGCCCGAAUGCAGACGUCAAGUUUGAACUGGCGGAUGCUUCUCUAAAACACAUAUUUUGUAAUCUACAGAAUACUGGACAGUUCUUCAUUUGUCCGAUAUCUCAGAGCAGUGAAUGUACAGACCCUGUCGAUGAUGUCCAACUUCCGGCAAUAGACUUUGAAAGAGACGACAGUUACCAGCUCACCAUUCUGGCGUAUGAAGAAGCUGGCCCGAGGCAUUUUACAUCAAAAACAAUCACCGUUGAAAUCGAGGAUGUUAACGAAUAUGGUCCGCGUUUCGAUAGUACCAUUGUGAGUGUUGUAGUUGGUGAAGAGUUGGACAUUGGAGCAGAGGUGCUGAGAAUCAGGGCCUACGAUAUGGACAGCUUGAACGAUCCAAUGAAACUCACGUACACGGUCAUGGAGAACGGACAAACAUCGGUCAAUUUCGGGUACCAAAGUGGUGCCAUAGUAACAAGUACGAGGCUCGACUUCAACAGCAGAGAUCGCUAUGUGCUCAAUCUGAGAGCACAAGAACUCAUAGAUGAAACCAAGCACUCCAAUGUCAUGGUAAUCGUCUAUGUCCGAAACGUGAAUGACAGACAACCCGUGUUUGAUACAACCCGGUACUUGACCUCUGCUGAGAUACUAGAGUCCAUUGAUGUCGAUACUGUAGUGCUGACAGUGCAAGCUAACGAUGCUGACAAUGCAACACACGAUGCAGUGUAUUAUGAGAUUGUGGACGGAAAUAUUGAAGAUGCUUUCACUAUUGAUAGUCAAACUGGAGAUAUCAUUGUUGCCUCACACCUAGACUAUGAUAGCGUGCAAUCGUACACUUUGUCCGUUGUUGCCAAGGAUACCGGCGAACCACAGCUGACGUCCACCGCACUUGAACUCAGUAUAACCAUCAUAAAUGUGAACGAUGAAUCUCCAGUGUUCACUCAAAGUUUGUACGAAUUUGCCUUCAUUGAAAACAGCCCUGUUGGUACCAGCAUUGGAGCAGUGGACGCUCCAGACAGAGAUCUGGGGGAGUUUGGAACAAUCACUUACACUCUUGAUGGGCAGGAUGGAUAUUUCGAUGUUGACAGCUCAACUGGAGAUGUGGUAUCACUGGUAGAGAUUGAUAGAGAAAUGACUGCAUUUCAAACUAGGACCUUCCGAGUAAUGGCCUCUGAUGGAGGACAACCUGCUGUUACCCAGGUAAUCGUGACUAUCGUUGAUGCGGAUGAUAAUUCUCCAUUGUUCUCACGAUACCAAUAUAUCCUCUACGGCACGGCAACCUUGACACCAGGUGUUGCAUUCUUCAAUCUGGCGAGUGAAGUUACAGAUCAAGACACUGGAGAUAAUGCAGCGUUUAGGUUUGAGAUUGCCUCUCAGAUAACAGGAGAUUUGUUAGCUGUGUCCCCCAGUGGUGAUGUAACGCUACGAGCAACCCUACCUCCGUCCCCCCUACCACUGUACGAGGCAGAAGUGACCGUAUACAGCACUAUGAGCACCUCCCUGUUUGAUACUACCUUCAUUAGAUUGGCCAUCGAAGGUGAUAACGAUCAUCAUCCAAGCUUUACCCAGCACCAAGGCUACACCACUGAAGUGAGCGAAGAUACACUGAUUAAUGUUCCCAUUUUCGAUUUUACUGGACUUGCAAACGACCCGGACAUGGGGGAUAAUGGUGAACUCACAUUCCAAUUCCAAGAACAAUAUCCGCUGUUCGCAAUCGAACCAACUAACGGAAUUAUCACUCUUGCAAUGUCGCUUGAUUUCGAGCAAGAUAAGACACACACGCUAAGAGUAGCAGCUGUUGAUCGAACCCCCGGCAUUAGCAGAACAGCAGAAACUUUACUAACGGUAACUGUGCUCAGUGCUAACGAUGAAAUACCCGUAUUUGAAGACCUACCGACACGACUCGUCCUCUCUUCCACUCCUAGAGCUGAUAUCGAUCUGUUCACGGUAACCGCAAGAGAUGGCGACGAAGGACAAGAUGGUGUAGUGAGAUAUCAAAUCCUCACUAGUGAUGGCACCACAUCAGUGCACUGCACAAUAGACCAAGAGCUUGGAGUGGUUCGGAGCAAAGGCCCGAUCCCUGCUGGUACCUCUGUGGAUCUGCGUGUGACAGCGUAUGAUCUUGGCUCUACUGCUCAGACAGUGGACGCCCUCAUUGAAGUGGUGUUUCAAGAUCCCAAUCCUGCUCCAGUAUUUGCUGGAAUAGCAAUGACACCACACACUAUUGAGGUGGAGGAAAACCAUGGCGUUGGUGGUACAGUCUACACAUUCGUCACUCAGUCACAUAGCUCACUAUUCAGAAUAGUGUACACGGAUGCGCCCGAGGGACUGUUCGCUAUUUCAAAAUCACAAGGAGUGCUACAUCUUCAAGGAGAACUCGAUUACCUUGACAGAAGCACUUACAUAUUGUAUGUUGAAGCGUAUAUCGAAGACAGUACAGAUUUGAAUAAUAUCAUUCGAAACUCAGCAUAUCUCGAAGUGAUUAUAAAUGUGAUUGACGUGAAUGAUAAGGAUCCAGUGUUUGUGAGGGCAACGGAGAUCGUUGAACUUAAUGAAGAUGCUGAUAUUGGCACGUCUGUGUUCACAGCACGAGCCUUUGAUGAUGACUCGGGAAUUUUCGGCCAAUUGAACUACGAGAUCAGCAAUGGAAAUUUUGACAGAGCGUUUGCAAUUAAUCGCACCAGUGGUGAAGUUACGCUGGACAGAGCACUGGACCGCGAAGUUUACAGCUCAUAUGAUCUUGUAAUCAGAGCAUUCGAUUUGAGCAGCCAGCCUAACUUUGGAGCAAUGAUACUGCACAUCGAAGUUGGCGAUGUUAAUGACAAUCCUCCCAGUUUUAUUCGUGAGGGAAACUACUCUAUUGGAGUGUAUGAAUACCCGCACACACAGAGCGGGUCAAGGAUCAUCCGUGUGUCAGCUGUGGACCCAGACACCGGACCCCCACUGAGGUAUGAGUUGUUUAUGGAGGAGGCAAGUCUUCGUGGAGAAGUGAUUCCCAACCCUCCUCAGACUAACUUUAAGAUUAACAUUGACACAGGUAUGGUAUCUCUAAGCAGCUCUACUCAACUAGACUAUGAAACGCUCGACUACUACCUCUUGCGUGUGGAAGCUUCAGACUCUGAAUCUAUUACAUCAACAUACCUUACGAUCAAUGUCAUGGACGUCAAUGAGAAUGCACCAGAAAUAACAGUACCUGAAAAUAUUGAAAUAUGGGAGCAGCAACCGAUCAACUCGCUUGUCACACGGAUAUCUAGUACGGAUGAGGACCUAGGUCUCAAUGGAGUCGUAACUUAUUCCCUUGUUACAUCUCCGGAAGACGAAGGGAAUUUUGUGAUUGAUCCUCACACUGGUGUGAUUAGGAAUAAGAGAGUGAUGGUUGCUACUAGACGAACAAAUCUCCAUACUCUGACCGUGAACGCUGUCGAUCAGGGAAAUCCCCCAUUCGUUACAUCUACAACUUUCAGUUUCCGUUCGUAUGAUAUUAACGAUAAUCCUCCCGUGUUCAACACCGAGUCCUAUGUGUUUGGAAUAUCAGUGAAUGCUAAUGCUAAUGAUGCAGUCGGUCAUUUCAGUGCAAGUGAUGCAGAUUUUGCCGAAAACUCGGGUAUACAAUUCAAUAUUCCUCAUUAUUAUAGCGAAGCUAACGGUCUGUUUCAAAUAGUGAGAGAAUCUGGCAGUAACGAAGCUAGCCUGAUCCUUAGGAACACUGCAGGUACCUCCUGGAACCUGCAGGCUCAGAACUACACCUUCCGCUUAGAAGCCUCCAAUGCUUCUCCAGCUCCUUCCUGUGCUCAUCACUACCUGGCUGCCUACGCUUAUAUCACUGUUGUAGUUUACCCGGAAUGCCCUACCUUUGAAUAUAAUGACUACAGCCUCGAGGUGUCUGAAGAUGCAACGGUUUUGCCUGAUGAACGUUUGACAGCAACGAGCCUUGUUGGUAGACCAGUCGAGUACUUUAUCAAUGAAACUAUGGAUACACCGUUCACUGUAGAGAGGGGCACAGGGCGAUUGAUGCUAGUCAGUGCUCUAGACAGAGAAACUAAGUCAGAGUAUGUAUUUCGCGUGGUUGCUACAGACAGUAUUUUGCAGCCUAUAACAUGUUCUGUUACAGUCCGUGUGACCGUAACGGAUGUUAAUGACAAUAGUCCAGUAUUUUCCUCCAAUGUCUACAGUUUCUCUGUCAUGGAAAACACUCGAGCGGAGAGCUCAAUCGGUCAAAUCAGAGCUACAGAUGAUGAUGUGGGGGAGAAUAGCAUUCUACAGUAUGAAUUGUUGUAUGACCAACUGGCAGCUCUUCCUUUUAGGAUCGAAAGAGAUAGCGGAGAAAUAUUCACCAGUGGAGAACUAGACGCUGAAACCAUUGAUGAGUAUGCUUUUACAGUAGUAGUUACAGACAGUGGAAGCACACGACUCUCCAGUACUGCCGCGAUAACUGUUACCAUUGGAGAUGUAAAUGAAGGAGCACCAACUUUCUCAGUAACUAAGUUCGAAUUUAAUCCGAUUGGUCCAAAUAGUUUACCAGGUGAUGUCAUUGCUCAAGUGACAGCUGAAGACUUUGACAAGAGCUCUCAACUUAUCUUCAGUUUUGUAAACGAUCUACCCAAAAUGUACUUCGGAAUCAACAGUAGAAAUGGAGAGAUAAUAUUGAAUGUGAGCUCAACUGCAGACAAUUCUCCGUCCGUCAAAAGAAGCAUUCACAAGAGACAAGCUGAAAGUGAAGAUUCUGAAUAUUUCACCGUGCCGACAGAAGUUGAAGUUAGCGAUGGAAUGAAUUCAGCAAGAACUUCGUUUGAUCUAAAUCUCCACAAUUCAUUCAAAAUAUCCACCACUACCGAUCCCACUGGCAACAGUCUCAUCAUCAUAGUCGUGGUUGUUGCUUCAGUGGUUGCAGUGAUGAUCAUAUUCUUCUUGCUGCUGUGUGUCGCUUGUGUGUGCAGGUAUAGAAGAACCUCAAAGAAAGUACAAAUAAAAGAUUCGGCCCCUCCUAAUAACAUGGAGCUGGGAGAGAGGUUCCAGAGUAGGCACAGUCAAGGAUCAAGAUCUUCAACUCCCGGUCAACUUAAACUACAGUCUACAAAGAUGUACCCACUCGGGCAUGCACUGCGUCAUUCGUCUGGUAGCAGAAGCAAUUCCUCUGAACAGAGCUACUCUAAUUAUGCAGAUGACGAAUUGGACAGUAAUAACGAAAUGAUGGCAAGAUCGGCGUACAAUUCCCCAGGCCUCCAGAAAAGACCACCGAAUAAUUCAUCACAUGCAAGGAGCACAUCUGACCUAGCUAGUAGCAUCGGCACCGACAUGCUGGGCAGCCAACAACUACCUCAUCCUAAGGCUAAGAUUGCAGCCAUCUACGCUGCUCAUCACGGCUUGCUCAACAAUCAUGGCUCGCGGGAGAGUAUCCAUAGUAACCACACGUUUGCAUCUGAAGGUGGAGGUGAGGCAGACGCAGAAGCUGACAUCGAUAACAUGCUUUAUCGGAAGUAUGAUUUUGAUGACGAUGAUGAGGAUUUGGAUGAUGAAACAACCAUCCCUGACGGUGACAGCAGUUAUAUGGGCAACAACCAAACUCUGAAUAACUCAGUGGGUAACUUGAAUGUGCCUCCAGUUGAAGAAGACAUUCCCCAUUACGGUGGAUACAGCCAGCCGGGUAUGGGAGAAUGGGUCCCCAGAGCCACACCCAUGGAUCACGCUAUCAAUGAACUGAGCGAGAUGGCUAGCUAUUCGAGCAGUCAAGAGCACCACGCACCAGUGCCUAGAUACAUGGAGCACUCACAGCCUGUGUCUAUGUACGGUGGUGCAUCCAGCCAAGGGUCACAUAUAUCACUACUCCCACAUCGCCAUCGGCAACAACAGCAGCACCCCCCACCCAGACAUUAUGACCUUCCACCUCAGAUGGGGCAACCCAUGCAACACGAGUACGAUUAUUACGGCCCACCCCCUCCACCGCAAGAACCACUGAGGCAUCACGUGCGAACUCAACCAAGAUACAGCUCUGCCAGUGCACUGCAAGAUCAAUAUCACAUGGUAGCCCCGAGGGAUUAUACACCCAGAGGCAAUCGCCGUGUUGAUCCUCGCAUGAACCAGCCUCGAGGGCAUCACAUGAUGCUCUCACAAGACGUACCCCCCACUUAUCUACAGCAGGGUCACUACAUACCACGCGGUGUGAGCAUACAGACCCCCUCAUCAGACACACCCACUGACGGCACUGUUACCCCCCAUCGAGCUAUGACACAAGAGUACGACCAUCAGGAAUAUAUGUCAUCAUCGUCCACCUCUCUGGGUAGUACCAACCUGAGCGGUACUACUAGUAGCAUUGGAGCCAGCGUCAGUCAGAGGAUAUACAAAUAAACUAUGUUUCAGUACAGACAAACAAAUGAACUCUUUACUUGAGAGACUUCACUACUCACUUCUUCUGUGUAUUAAUUGUGUGUGUGCCACGUUGUUUUUAUGCCUUGUCUCAAUAUUACAGCAGCAUUAUUAUAAUCUGUAUCUAUAGCCAGUCAUUCAGUUUGUCCUCACUAUGUAUGUAGCAAUAAGUACAAGUCUCACUGCUGCAAAUAUUAUAAUAACAAUUCAAUUUUAAUGUCAA